UUUGGGUUUCCCCGCUGACUCAAAAAAGACCAGUUCAGCGAUUUUCACCAGUCCGGCCCCAAAAAACACCAGUUCGGCUAUUGCGCCGCUCUGAACAGGUGAAAAUGAGCUGGUGUUUUUUUUUUUCAGAGCUGGUAAAAAAGUCCAUCUGUAAUUCACCUGUUUAGUUUUUGCGUGUUCGGGAGGCGAAGCGGUACAUAGCGAGAUCGAGUCGUUCCUACAGCAGUUGCGCGCAACACCCAGUGGCGAGGCAGCUGGGAGUCUUGUGCAUCAGUGGGUGUGGACGUGUCAUUCGGUGGGUUCCGCUGGGAGAGUGAUUUCUUCUUUAGAAGUGGUGUUUUUUGCACCUGGAAGUCGUCACGUCCUCUUGCUUGAACCGAGAUCAAAGCGCGUAUCACAAGGAGUGCCUUGGUUGUGAGUACAGAGUACUCGUGCUUGCGGCAGCGCAGGAACCCUGCGCCGCGCCGCGUACGCGUCUAGAGCGAGGCGGGCGCUGUGUUUUGCUGAUUCAGCUUUCGCGGGCGCGCCAAGUGUGGCGGUCACGGAGUUCUUUCUGGUUGCAUGGGCGACAACAGCGACGGCGUGUUAGACUUGACUCACCUGAGCACGGAUAACAACUCGACUCUCUUGUACGAGACGGACUCGAACCCGGACAUGUUCAGUGUCCACACCACCCCGGGGAAGCCGAGGGUGCGUCAGCCGCAGCGUUCGUCGCCUCGAAUCCGCGACCGCCGGGGUACGAAGGUAGAUGUUGCGAGCUUAUCGCCUACCUCGUCACCUGCGAGUGGUCUCAACUCCCCGCAGACCGGGGGGGUCGCGUCAUCAGCUAGCCGCAGGACGUCUCCGCGCACCCCGAAGCGAACGAGUGCACCCGAGGACGAGGGGUACGAGACGAAGUACGUUAAGCCUGUUCCCCAGCGUUUCAGCCGUGCUGCCGGCGGGAAGGACGGCGGCGGCGGCGGCGGUUCUUUUGGGUCACCGCUUCUCGUCAGCUCAAGCCAAGGCAGCGGCGACAAUGAUGAGGCGGAGGGAGAGUCCUCGCCGGGCACCGGGGGUAGUAGUGAGGGCGGAGGCGGCAAGGGGAAGGAGCCGGAGAGGAGAAAUGCUGGGCCUGAGGUUAAAAAAUCUGGCAAAGAGACAGGCCCGCGGUGGUGGACUCAGCAGGGAGAGAGGGAGCUUCUGUGGCGGCUCAUACCGAAGCACUUAGCGUCCAAGCACUCGGCCAAGAAGGCUAAGGAUGAGGAGUGGUGGAAAUGCGCACAGGCCCUCUCGAAGAAGGUCGAGAUGACAAAUACGGGUCAAGGAAGUGCAAAAGGACGGCAACCUGGAACUCGUCACGAAGGUCACAGUCGACAUGGGGAGGAAGAUGGAGACAGUGGACUGUCGCGGGAGGUCAUCGUGGAAAAGCUGCGUAGCAUCUUCAGCGCUCACCGAACGGCAUGGAACAAGAGGCAGGAGAAGAAGAAGAGUCUCACCGGCGAGGGUGACGAUGGCGAUGACGAGGGAACGGAGGCCGAAGCGCUGGAGCAGGCGAGCAUAGCCUGGGAGGCUGGACUGGUGGAGAAGGCCUCCAAGGACAAGACGAAGAAGGAGCAUACGGCGGCGGCUAAUCGUGCUCGCGACAAGGCCAAGGAACACCAUGCCCGUUCGAUGCAGAGCACGUCUGGAGCGGGCGCUUCGGCGAAAUCCACGAACGGGAAGGGCAAGGCCAAGGAGAAGGGACGUGGACCGGUCCGCGACCAGGAUCAGGUGACAACGAAGCGAGCGCGGUCUAGUACGGAGCCCCCGGCUUUGACGUUGGACCUAAACGAUGGCGCCGGGGGCUCCGACGGGUCCGAUUCAUGCUCGUCCCGUCAGGGCAGGCGGAGGAGAUCUGCGGUCAGCGUCGACGACUCUUCCGAUGACGAUGAAGAAACGAACGUGAUGGACCAAGCGGUGCUAGAUCUGGCAUGCGGAAGGGGUGGGAGGUCCACCCGUGACAGGAAAGGAGGUGGGAAACGCAGGCGUAAAGUUCAGCCCCUCUCCAGCGGGAUGGGCGGAGACCCCGUGUUGAACCAGAUCAUGGACUUGCUGCACUCGAAGGCAAGGGCCGGAUCGGGGGGGCACGGCGAGGGACCUCCUCCAAUGACGGAGGGCAGGGUCUGCGCCAUCGUGGAUGAACGGGUCGCAGCGGCAGUCGCCGCAGGUAUGAGGCAAUACGAGGCAGAGAGGCAGCAGCAGCACCAACAGCAAUGGCAGCAGCGCCAGCCGCAGCCGCAGCCGAGCCCGUUCUACGCCCCGACCGGCGCUUUCCCACCCGCCCAUUGGGCUGCGUCAGGCGUUGCUCCUGCCGGCAUGCCAGGGCCCUCCGUCGGCGUUCACAGCACGAUGUGGCCAGGUACGGCAGGGGGCGGGGGCGCGGCGGUGGGUAUGGCGCAGGGUGGGGUUGGGAUGAGCGCAGCUGGAGGGGCCUCGCACGGACAUAGCUUCGCGGCGCCGAGGGAGGGAAAGACAGGGAUCUCAGAGGCGCAAGAGGUCCGCGGGGGUGCGAGCAGCUCUCUCCCGGGUGUCAGCGGGGCAGAUCCCCCACCAUCGGCGCCGUCGACCAGGCCACCUAACUGUCAAUGCGGUCAAGCGGCUCGACGAGUAGGACCCGUCAAAGCGGACGGUGCCGCGAACGGGACCAUAUCCUGGAUGUGUGCCAAGGCGGACAGGAACCAACAGUGCAACUUCUUCGAGCUCAUCAGCCGACCGGGAGGGGGAAGCACUUCCACCGGCCGCAACAACAGCGGCAUGGGGGACGGCGGCACGCUUUCGCGGGGAGGCACAGACGGGAGGUCGGUGGGUGGGUAUGCCGCUCCCACUGAGUCAUCCCGCCGCCGCGCGGCCGACGUGUUUCAGGUUCGGCCUGGGCGCUCAAGGGGGGAAAGUGAGAAGUGAUGUUAACCCCGGGCCGUACCAAUUUCAAAGAUGUCGACCUUCCACUCUCUUUGGUAAUACCGGGCGGUGAUGCGGGACGACAACCACCGGGCGGUGAUUUGGUUGCUUUUGGUCCGCCUCGUUCACUUUUUUUCUGUUCAUUGGAGGUUAGUGCGUGUGACCUCUCUCCAUGUCGGCGUGUGGGUGUUGAUGGCGUCGACUGGUUGAAGAUAUGGGUUCCGACACGUUUAGCCGGUGGCGUUCAACGAACGGAGAGUCCAAGAAGGUAGCCGCGUGUCUUGGGUUCUCAUACCAUCUUAACGAGUUGUGUUCGUGUUGUUUGCUGUUCACGUACUUGGUGAACGGUUGUCCACCUGUUCCGGGGG